ACUGCCCUUUCCACAGUGGCAUUGAUCGGAAUUCCUAAGUCAAUGCAACCUCGAUCUCCAGUCAAAUCAAUCAGCUUGCCCAGCGAAGACCAUUCAUCAUACCAGAAGGAAGUCGUUGAGCCAUUUCGAAUAUCUACUCUUGCUAGCUGCGAGGCAAGUGGUCGAAGCUUUAGCAGUUUCUUCCACAUCCACGAGCCUAGAGAGCUUGUGUCUUUUACAUUCCAGAAGGGCCCUUCUCUUAUGAGAUAUCUGUGAAUCCAUUGAACCCACAGAGUUG